UUCCGCAAAUUGUUCAAUGCGGUUUUUAUCUGUUUGUUUUAGUAAUACUUAGAAGGAAACACAAGGAAUUAAUUUAAAAUUUUGUCCUUGAUUUUCAAUUUUCAAUAAAUUAAUUAGUUCGUGUUAACGUUUUUAUUUGAAUCAAUUUACAUAAUCGUAUAUUCGUAUUUGCGCAUUAUAAAAACAACCAAUAAGAAGUAAAAAAUUUUCACCUGACCGGCCAAAUAUGCAUUUCGAAGGAGAAACGUUGAGAUGCGCCCAUGGGUUUACGGACCUGUUUCCAUUGUCCACGAAUUCGCCAAAAAAAGACCCAUUAUUGUUGUGUACAGUUGUGUUAUUUGUGGAUUUCUAAUUCGGAUUCAUUCCAUAAUCGUUUCGGCAAACAGUCCGAAUUGCGUCAUUCGAAAAACAUCAAAGGCGAAUCGUGAAAAACACAAUUUGCCAUUCCGAUUAGCGCGUCGCGUCUAUUUCGAACCGGACCACGCUCGGACGUCGUGCUUUGCGACAUGCUGCUGCCGCUUUUAUCUCAGUUUCCCGAUGGCACGCCAAUGCACUUGCUACCUAACCUAACCCAAGCAUUUCUUUUAUUAUUAUUUUUUACAUGGGCCAGUUUAAUUUUAGGAUGCGGGAACGUCGGACGCUGUUUUUUCUCUCUUUUCGUUUGUCAAGUGGUUUUCAGGACCACAUUUAGAGUUAGUUGUAUGUGAUUUAUAACAAGUGCAUUUGUGGGGGUUUGGCAAGGGGGUGAGUUUGCGUAAUUGUGAGGACACGUUAAAUCUGAUUUAUUUUUUCCGCGGUGCAAAAUAUUGUUACUGUUUUGGAAGUUUUUUUGGAAAUAUUUUUUGUACACAGUUUUUAUUUAUAAAUAUUAUUGAUUGACGUUUAAUUUGUUUUGAAUUUUCUUUUUGAACGGGUUAAACUUGACUUAAUUGUUCAUUUUUAAGGAGCGGAUUUCUAAAAAUAUUCGCCACAAUCUUAAAAUGUCAGUGAACCAACAAGUGCCAAGCAAUUGAACGCCAAAAUUUAAUGCCAUCCACAAUUUUCAUCCAACAUUUGUGCGUGAACUUUUUCUAUUACCUCAUUAGCAUUAAACCUUAUCUACAUUAUUUAUUUAUUGUUACAAACAACCGUACAAACAUAACAACGAAUUCGCCGAAUCUGUCUAUUUUUCUAAUCGCCCUUCAUCGUUUGAACAGAAAUCGUCGUAAUUAUCUGUGAUACUACAACCACAAUAACCCAGUUUUGAUAAAAUAUGCAAGAAGAAACCGUUCGAUGUACUGUGAACAUUUCGUUGUAAAUUGAUUUGUGAAUUUUGUGCGACAAUGCAAUAUAACACAAGCGACAAAAAAAACACGCACCAUGCUGGCGGCUGGUUCUCGUCACUCAAAAGGAUCAAGAAGGUGAAGAAGGUCGAACCGAAGUCGAAAAGUGCCUGGGAUCUCACUGUCGGUGUCAAGAAAGUGAAUCUAAAAGAUGAACUCAACGAGGUCGUCUCUGAGAUGGAGGCCCUGGACACGGGCGAGGACGGGAAGAACAGCAACAAGACCAAGAUGAUGUCGAUAGGCCGGAAAAAAUUCAACAUGGACCCAAAGAAGGGGAUCGAAUACUUGAUUGAGAAGGGUCUUCUGCAACAAACACCCGAUAACGUCGCUCAGUUCCUGCACAAGGGCGAAGGCCUGAACAAGACCGCCAUCGGCGAUUAUCUAGGAGAGAAGAACGAUUUCAACGAGAAGGUGCUGCAGGCCUUCGUCGAUCUACACGACUUCACCGACCUCAUACUAGUACAAGCAUUAAGACAAUUUUUGUGGAGCUUUCGCCUACCAGGAGAGGCGCAAAAGAUCGACAGGAUGAUGGAGUGUUUCGCCAAACGUUACUGUGAUUGCCAAGGCGAGAACAACAUUUUCGAAAACUCUGACACAUGUUACGUUCUAUCCUUCGCCAUAAUUAUGUUGAACACCAGCUUGCACAAUCCGAGUGUCAAGGAAAAGCCCACGAUAGACCAGUUCGUUAACAUGAAUCGUGGCAUCAACCAGGGUCAAGAUCUCCCCAAGGAACUAUUAGUCAGCCUUUACGAAAGCAUAAAAGCCGAACCAUUCAAAAUCCCAGAAGACGAUGGCAACGACCUCAUGCACACCUUCUUCAAUCCGGAUAAGGAGGGUUGGCUGUGGAAACAGGGAGGCCGUUAUAAGAGCUGGAAACGGCGCUGGUUCAUCCUGAACGACAACUGCCUCUACUACUUCGAAUACACCACAGAUAAGGAACCCAGGGGGAUAAUACCACUCGAAAACAUCGAGAUUAGAGAGUGCACCGACCGACAGAAGCAACAUUGUUUCGAAUUGUUCGCGAGCGGCGGUGCCGAUUUCAUAAAAGCAUGCAAGACAGAUUCGGAAGGGAAGGUGGUGGAGGGCAAACAUACGGUUUAUAGAAUGUCUGCUAGUUCUGACGAGGAGAGGAAGGAAUGGAUAAUGAGACUGACGCAGAGCAUCAGUCACAAUCCAUUUUACGACAUGCUGGCAACCAGAAAAAAGAAGGCACAGUCGAACGCGUGAAUGAUUGUUAUUGGCCGCAUUGCGGACAGUUACGUACUAGUUUCUGUUACUGUUUAAAUUAUGGUCGCAUUUUGCGGUGUGUUUGGAUCGAUGGCGAGUUUUUUAGAGGUGUUGCUGAUGUAUUUUUCUAUUGAACGUUGCAAUUGCAACUGUGUUGUUUCGUUUCUGUUCUUUUUAGAUCAUGUUUUUCUGUCGUUUGUUCUGUAAAUUUGUGGUUACCAUAUCAUAUAAAAUCAAAAAAUUAUUCGUCCUAUCAUUUUUAUUUAAUCUCCAUAGAUUUAUGGAUGUUGUCUAAUUUGUACAGUUCAUAUUAGUACCUGCAAUAUUUAUUUAAACUGUUCACAUUUUAGUUUAUACUAAUUUUAUACUUUUAAAGUAUUUUUUACUUUGUUUAUAAUGUACACAAUAUGUAUUAUGUAAUGUGUGCUAACUCAUCAACGAAAUGAAUUAUAUUUAUAUUAUACAAGUUUCCCGAAUUUUGAAUGGUAUCUUGUGCAAAAUGAUAUGAUUACUGUAAAUAUAAAAAAUGUAAGUUCGCGAUUAUCAAACAUAUUGAGCACAAGAUUUAAAGACUGGUAUUUAGCUUUACGCAAAGUUUUUUUUUGUGCAAAGCACUAAAUGAAGGAAACUUGACAAAGAGUACUGUACAGUUAUAAAUUAUUUUAUUUACUAGUCUAUUUAAUGUUUUUUAAAUGUAAAUUUAUUGAUGAAUAAUUAUACACUAUUAUUUAUUUUUGUGUAAUUAAUGUCGGAAUUUAAAAUCCUUCCAACAUUUAUAAAUAAAUAAAUAAUAAUUUUUGUUGCAUACUUGUAUAUACUGAAUAUUUGCAACGUUAUUUGUAUAUACGCCACUAUUUUGUUUUUGUAUAAUUUGUGUAAAUAAAAUUUGCAAAUUUCUAA